AUGCUGUCAAUUCUUUUUCCCUUAUUAGAGUUAAUCUCGCUUGGAGCGCUUGCCACUGCUGCUGAUGUCGGAUUACGUGCAGCGCCCGCCAAGUGCAAAUACCUGCCUGGCGAUGCCAAUUGGCCCUCGCAGGAUGAAUGGGCGACACUCAAUAAUACUAUCAACGGUCGUUUAGUUGCUACCGUUCCCUUAGGAUCACCAUGUCACGACCCGAAUUAUGAUGAGGAGCUCUGUGCUUCCUUACAGGACCAAUGGCUCUACCCUCCUGUCCACCUCGAGUCAUCCUCCUCCAUCAUGGCGCCUCUAUUCGCCAAUGAGAGCUGUGAUCCAUUCCAGCCACGGGACAAGCCAUGCACUCUUGGCAACUAUGUCAACUAUGCCGUGAACGCCACUGGGCCUGAUGAUAUUAUCGCCGGUCUCAAGUUUGCCGGGGACAAGAACAUCCGCUUUGUCAUCCGCAAUACCGGCCACGACUAUCUUGGCCGAUCCACGGGCAAAGGAGCGCUUUCCGUCUGGACUCACUACCUCAAGGGUACGGAGAUCCUGGAUUGGAAUGACCCUUAUUACCAGGGUAAAGCCUUGAAACUGGGUGCGGGAAUCGAAGGCUACGAGGCGCUGGCUGCAGCACACGAGGCCGGGCUUGUCGUGGUGACCGGCGAAUGCCCCUCGGUCGGGCUGGCGGGAGGUUACACCCAAGGUGGAGGACACUCUGCACUCAGCACCACUUUCGGCCUGGCUGCUGACAACACGCUGUCCUUCGAAGUUGUCACUCCCACUGGCCAGCUCGUCACUGCAUCGCGAACUGAGAACCAAGACCUCUACUGGGCUCUAAGCGGCGGCGGUGGAGGGAAUUACGGCGUGGUAAUCUCCAUGACCGUCCAGGCGCACCCAGAUGCCACGAUCGGCGGCGCAAGCUUUACUAUCACCAAUUCGAGCGAUAAUCCGGAGCAGAUAUACGCCGUGAUCGAUGCCUUCCACGCUGCUCUGCCCGCGAUCGUCGACUCCGGCGUCAUGGUCAUCUACUUCUUCACCAACACCUUCCUCCAGAUCCCGGCCCUCACCGCAUACAACAAGACGCAGGCAGACGUCGAGAAAAUCCUGCAACCCUUUUCCGACUCCCUCGCGGCGCUAGGAGUUUCGUUUGCGCCCACGUUGACCGAGUACUCGAGCUAUGCCGACCACUACAACCACUACUGGGGCCCCCCUCCGGCCGGCAACAUCCAAGUCGGCGUGCAAGUCUUCGGCGGCCGCCUGAUCCCCCGCUCCACCCUCCCGAACUACUCCUCCACGGCGCGCAAGCUCGCCGACCUCGGCACGAUCUUCAUCGGCGUCGGCCUCAACGUGUCCAGCUUCGGGGCCAACAACGCCAACGCCGUGCUGCCUCAGUGGCGCGACUCGAUCGUGUCCGCAUCGCUAACGCUAACGUGGGACCCGCUGGCCCCGUUCGCGGACGGCGUGGCGGCGCAGGCCAAGAUCACGAACGAGAUCCAGCCCGUCGCCGACGCGGCGGCCCCCGACGCCGGCGCCUACAUCAACGAGGCGGACUUCCAGCAGAAGGAUUGGCAGACCACGUUCUUCGGCGUCAAUUAUCCGGAGCUGCUGAGGAUCAAGCAGAAGUACGACCCGGCGCACUUGCUGUACGCGACGGUGGCGGUGGGCAGCGAGGCGUACGCGGUUGGUGAUGAUGGGAGGAUGUGCAGUGCGCUGAAGCAGGAUGUUAGGGAGAUAUGA